AUGCCAUUCGUGUGCGUAUCUCAGUACAGCGGGUUUUGCAGGAGUAAGAAAUCUCACAACAAAGGCAUCCAGCAUCGUGUCCUUGCUAAGAUCACGGAUAGAAAGUCCUACUCCUGGUGGAUUCAUGAGGAGAGGGCUGCCGAUUCCUUCAUAAACAUGGAAGGGGAGGGCGGGGGCAACAACUUGCACUCGUUGCCGAUUCCAGAGUCAGUGAUCCUACAAGCGAUAUCUGAGCUUACAGAUGGAGCGAGACUCGCCGUUGAGACAUGCUACGAUCUAUGGAAGGAGCAGAAAUUUGGGACAGAAGAGUUUAUCUCUUUCAUCAAGUGCUACUCAUCCCAGAGCAGUACACUAGCUCAAGUGUUCAAAGAUGGAUCUCAAUAUCCUGAGAUAAGUGCUUCUUCCACCGGAGGCUCUGUGGAUGCCAUGACUGGUUGUUCGAGUGACACCUUCUCCUCGAAAAGUCUUGAGAAAGGACUCUUGUCAGCUUCAAAGAAGCAGAAGGAUUCUUCUGGAUCAUCUCCACAGACAGCAGGAUCGGAUAGCGAUAAGGGGAGCAACGAGAAGGGUUACAUGGCAUCGGCGAGCGAGUCCAACGGGCACAGCUCCAACGGGCACAGCUCCAACGGGUGCGAGAGCGGAAACAGUUCCAAUGGGCAUGGCAGCAGCUCUCAUGGAAGUGGGAGCACAAGUGGAGGGAGCAGUGGAAGCGACAGCUUCUCCGGAAUUUUGAAAUUUACGUCACAGAGAUCUCUCCGAGGCAAUGAAGCUUCGAACUCUGUUUCAAGUUCGAAUCAAGAUCCUGCCAAGAAGGGGCAGGAGCUUGAUCGUGAGACAGCUUCCCGGAAAAGACAAGCAACUUCUGAGACGUCCAAAGGUAAGGAUGAGUCAACCUCUCAAUCGGGAAAGGGAGCAAAGCAUGCUGUCUCCAGCCACUUGAAACGUCCACGGUCAGGAGCCGAAGCUCUCUUUGAAUGGAAGCGACUGCCAAUGACAGAGGAAAGUGAAUCGACUCAACCAGAUAGCGAAGCUGUCUUCGACAAACCAUUUGGCGAGUCUGAAAUCAAAGAAGGCGAGGGAAAGAGCAAGUUGGCCAUGGAGCAUCGGUGGGUGCCAGGAAUGCAGAUGGACAAGGAUGGGAUGCCAUUCAUGACCAGCGCCAGCGCGCAAGAAAGCUCAAGCCUGGAUCUUCAGAACAGAUGGUCGUCGAAGUUGGCGAUCUCAGAGCUCGGAGAGGUUCUCACGACAAAAGCGAACACUGCAGCGGGAUGUAGCAACGUCACCGUACGUGUCUUGAGCAACGUGGAGAAGCGGCUGUCGUUGGGGAAGGUAGAUAAGUCGCUCAAGAUGAUGGGAGACGAUGCUGCGAGAGGCGAGGUGGUGUACAUGAACAAAGCUGUGUUUGCGUUCCAGCACGUCAAGGGCGCCGAUGUGGUCAUCUUUGGCAUGUACGUCAAUGAAUACUGGGCAAACUCAGCGCCAAAUUAUGCAGGGAGAGUUUACGUGGAGUGCUUCGAUAGUCCUCCCGUGUGGCCUGGAUUGCCUGGAGCAGAGAGACAUGCCAUCUUGACUGCAAUCAUGCAAGGAUACAUCGACUUUGCAGCUUCGAACGGCUUCAAGUUCAUGCAUCUUCAUGUUCCGCCUCCUCAGGACGCAACCAAGUAUAUCUUCGUUCAGCGCUCGCUCAACUUCAGGCUGAGAGUGACCAUGCACCUCUCCUGUUGGUACAAGCGCAUGCUCGAGUCCGCCACGGCCCUGGGGCUCAUCUCGAGCUUCCACUGUGGAUUCUCUGGCGACGAUGUUCCUCAAGGGUUGCUGGACGUGAGGAGGAGGGAGGAGAAGGAAAGCUCCAACUCGCCUAUCCUAGCUGAGGGUGUCGGUUCAGCGUCGUGGCAGUGCAAGCAUGGCUGCUUCAACGAGCGCUUCUUCGUCGCAGGUCUCCGACCAGGACGAGGGAGCCUGCGGGACACGAUCCCAGUGAUGCCCAACAAGAUCGUCGGCAGCCGGCUGGACUGCUGCAACUUCAUCAAGGAGAAAGGCCUCCAGUUCCACACGCUGUCGCAUGCUCAGUAUGCCACCAUGGUGCUGGUGCACUGCAUAGCCAGCGAGCAGCGCUCGUAUGGCUUCAUCGACCCGCGAGCGUCGCCGCACCUGCAUGCGUCAUCGCUGGUUCAUCAGAGCGCGCGGCGUCUGGAGGGGACGAAGAGAGCUUCGCCUUUCCAGACAUGGUGGAACCCAAGUCAGGUGAAUGCGGAGAUGGCAGCAGGCAUCAGCAACUUGCCGUCCCACCCUCCCGAGUGGGAGCCAGCGGCCCCGCUGACUUCCCAUGCGUUCGUGCUCGUGAAGUCCGGGCGGGGGAGGAACGAUCCGAAAGUGCCGCACGCGGGCAUCUCACCGUCAUGGAUGGGCGUCGGCGGGGUUGGUCCUCCUGGAAUACACCCGGGGCACACUGAGAUGAUGAUGACGCAAGACAGCAGGAUGCCGAUGCCCAAGGAUCCGUUCCAGCACGGGUGGAGCAUGUACAACGCUCAGAUUAACCCCGCGAAUCAGAUGUAUCCCAUCGCUCCUGCCAACGUGGGCAUGUCGAUCCCUAUGCCCAUGAGCGAGAUGUUUGACGGUCAUGCCUCUCCAGCCGUCAGCUUGCAAGCUGAUGCCCAUAAGCGAGCGAAGGAAAGUGCCUCUUCUAGUUCUUCAAGUUCUGAGAAGAAGCAAAAGAAGAAAUCCUCGAGCAGAAACAAGACGCCAAACGUGCAGGUGCCGGUGGCAGUGGCUGCAUCAGAAUCAACGUCUGCUAGGAAAGAUGAGAGAAGCGAUGCAGCUGCAUUGAUGAAGAGGAGCAUGCUGUCGGAGCUGCAGGAGGAGAUCGGUGUGGAGGACCCGAUGCUGUGCUCAGCGGACGACGUCAUCCUCCAGUGCGAGGAGCUGACCGUCCCUUCCCAGAUGGCCUCCAUCAGUGGGCGUGAGGGGAUGGGCCUGUGCGACAUGGACGCCGGAGUUUCAUCCAGCAGGGAUGGAGGUGAGAGUGAGUUUGCUCUGCUCCUGCCAGAGCGCCGUGCUCAUGCCGGGAACGCAGGCCUCGACUGCGCCAUCACGGCAAUGCAGACAGUGGAGGAUGCGAGCAACUUGAAGAGUCUGGACGUGAAGGGCCUCGACAGCCACUGGUCGCCUGUCCCCAACUUCUGGUCUUGA